CUAACUACACGAUCCUCUUCUUCCUCUUCCAUUUCCUUUUCUUCUUCAACAACAUCAAUCAUGGCAGGAGAUAAAAAGACACUACACCCGGCGUUUACCAUCAACAACAUCAAAACCCUCAUCCCUAUUCUCCUAGAUAUCAAACAGGAUGAAUACUCUUCUUGGGUUUUUUUGUUCGAGAUCCAUCUUCAGGCUCAUCGUCUUCUCUUUCUCAUUGAUGAUCCACACCACCACCGGAUGUCGACGCUCCCACCGUGCUUCAACUUGACGCUCUCUAUCGUCAAUGGAUGUUCUCCACCAUGACCAAGGAUUUAAUGCUCACCGUCCUCAAAUCUGGCGAAACUGCUCAAGAGAUUUGGGAUCAUCUCAAGAAACUUUUUCAAGACAACAAAGGUAACCGUGCUGCGACUCUUGAACGUCAGUUUGUUAACCUUAAGUUUGUUGAUUGCACUAGUAUUGAUGAUUACUGUGAUAAACUUAAAUCCCUAUCGGAUCGAUUACGUGAUCUUGAUUUUCCUAUGAAUGAUAAACGACUUGUGAUUCAACUCGUCAACGGCCUUCCGGAGGAAUACAACACGGUGGCCUCCUUUAUCCAACAAGCUAUGCCUACAUUCGAUGCCGCUCGCUCACAGCUGCGAACCGAAGAGAUCCGCCGCUCUCAACAGACCUGUACGUCUUCACCUACAGCGCUUGCAGCUACAGCUUCGACCACAGAUCGUGGAACUCAGCGCUCACAGCGCUCAGGCUCAGCCAAACGCAGUGGCAGUCGAUCGUCCUCCUCAACUGCGGCUCCACCACUGCUGCCAACUCCACCACUGCUGCCAACUCCACCACAUCCUUACCAGCUGUAUCGUGCACCAAAUCCGGCUUACAGCAAUCACUGGACACCACAGUGGGAAACGCCACCUUGUCCGUAUCCCACAGCACCUCCGGAAACAGCAUGGCAUCAACCUUUCAGUCACAGCUCCUACCGAGGCCGUGGACAGUCACGCGGUCGACCUUCCAGCAUUGGACGUGGACAGGCAUAUCUCACUCCAUCCACGGAAUACCUUCAUCCCAGUGACAUUGCCGAAGCGUACAGUUCCAUGAGUUUACACUCUCCUGAAGACGCUUUUUAUAUGGAUACCGGUGCCACAUCGCAUCUCACCGCAGACUCAGGAUUUGAGAUCGAGGAAGAUUCUUCUUCGAUGUAAUAGUUCCGGGGAGCUCUACCCUAUUACUCCUUCUGCCGUGCCACCUUCAACUUCGCUCUUGCCUCAUCCAAUAUCCCUUCUCACGUGCUCCUAUGAUGUUUGGCACAGCCGUCUUGGCCACCCAGGGAAAGCUAUCUUAGAUAAUUUACGUGCAAACUCUUCAAUUCUAUGUAAUAAAAAUCAGUCUACUAAACUUUGUCAUUCCUGUCAAGUUAGUAAACAUAUUCGUCUGCCAUUUUCUGAUUCAAA